ACACUCACACCCAAAACCAAAAACCCUAUAGUCUUCCAUAGCCACAAAUCAAUGAAGCCUACUGCAUUCCUUUCUUUCCUCUUCUUCCUUCUCUUCGCCUUUACCGCCACCGCCGUCUUGGCGGAGGUGGUGAUUGACUCCGACGGCGAUAUAAUGAGAAACGGGGGCACAUACUACCUGUCAUCGGCUGCUCCUAUCGGAGGCGGAGGCAUUUUACCUGAUACCAUAAUUAACCAGGGUGAUCCCAAAACCUGCUCAAUCGCUGUGGUUUCAAAAUUGAACACUGAAGGAUGGGAAGUAACUAUAUCUUCUCCUAUCAGAGCUGGCUUCAUCUCCACCACGUUUCCUUUGAACAUAUCGUUCCCUCGUUUAGGACGUAACGUCUGCACCGGCGAUUCAAGAGAUUGGGUCGUCAAAAAUUCCCUUCCUGUUGGUCAGCCUGUGAUGAUUGGCAGUGCAGAAGAAUUUGGCUCUGCUUAUGUUCCUGGUUGGUUCUUUAUCAAGACCCACGACUCAGAAAAGCAUUACUAUAAGCUCGUCUUCUGUGAGCAUGGAAACGAUCACUGUGGAGACAUCGGGGUCAAAGUCGAUGGUGAAGAACGACGGCGUUUGGUUGUCACCGAUAAGGACCCACUGGUUUUUAAGUUUGACAAGGUUAACGAAAGCUUCGCCUCCGAUCUGUCCAUGGUGGUGUGAACUGGGAACCUCUAAGCUGGCCGAAGAUCGAUAAUAAGAAUAAUAAUGGGACGGUGAUGGUGAUGUAAUUAAUAAUGAGAGUGUGACAAAUAUACUUGUUGCACUUCCAAAGAUCACUACUUUAUGUAGUUGCUUAGGUUAGGAACAAAUAUAACAUUAUAUCAUCAUCAGUUAAAUUUCUUGAGCA